UCUCCUUUUGCUAAUAGGAUACUUUUAGUCAUUUCAACAUCAAUAAGGAUUAUACUUCGUAUUAAGUACAAAAAAGAAGAGCUAAGAGGAUUGUAUACGAAGUAAUGAAAGUACCUUAUUUUACUUUUUUUUUUUUUUAAAAAAAAAAAUAAAAAAAUAAAAAUAAAUGCCGCGCACACCACAAUAGGGCACUUUUUAUUUGACAGGCACAAUAGGGCACUUCAAAAAAAACCGGGAGUAAGAAGAAUACUUAAGUAGUUAAGUCGUAUCCUUAACCAAAACCUUGUCUCUGUUGUUCCCUUUCAAGCUUUUCUUUCCCCUUUAAUGACUGAUUGACAUCUUCAAAACCCUCAAUUACUCCUUUUAUCCCUCAUUUUAUUCAUUAAUCUCUACUUUUUAUUCUCGAUUUUCGUCUUCAACUGUUUCGAUGAUUUGAAGAUUCAAUUGAUUUCGAGAUUGUAUGGUGGCAGCUUGAUAUUCUUCCAAUAACUAAAAGUUUGACAUCUCAAAAUCACGAUCACAAGAACUAUGCAAACCAACCAUAUCGUGACACACAUGCUUUCUGUGAGCAAAACAAAGCAUGGUUGACAAAGGUUGGCGUGCAGUUGGCUGGUAGCAGAGAAGGAAUGGAUGUAACUGCAAGAAGUUGGUCAUAUAAGAUGCAGGGAAACAGGUUGGCUGGUAAUGUUGGUUGCGACAAGCCAAUACGACAAGUUUGCCUUAAGUUUACGAUGGGUAGAUGUUUCCGUGGAGAACUGUGCAAAUAUCUCUAUGGAUACCAUGAAUAUGCUACUUCUACCUCUGAUAUUGUGUCUGUAUCUGAUAUUCCAGCUGAUGUGAAAAAGAAGGCAAACAAGAAGAAUAAAAAAAAGCGCUCUAAAAUGGAAACAAGUGCAUGUUAUGAAGAACCAAUGAAAGAAGAGGUAGAAAAUAUAAUACUUGCUGACAAGCAUAAAAUUGAGAAUGACCAGAACGCUCAACUUAGGAAUCAAGUUACUCAAUUAUUGCAAGUAGAGAAAGAACAAAAGUUGCAAAUAAGAGAAAGAGAUACAACGAUUCAGAACCUGCAGGAUAAAAUUGAGGGCUUAGAACAACAGCUAAAUGAGGCCCUCCGUUCUGCUGAAAGUAGAUCAGGGAGUGUGCCUGAUUCAAAUCUCAAGGCUGCAGAGGAUAACGUGGAUUCAUCAGCUGUUUUAAAGAAGCUUGUAGAAGAACUUGUGAUGGAUUUAAGUCAGCCACAGCCUAUGCGGGUCUAUGCUAGGAGGAAGGUCAAACCAAGGCAGCAACAACAACAAUUCACAGCAGCCGAGCAAAUCACAACAGCCAAGAACACAAGCCUCUAAUUAAGUAGAAGACAGAUUGAUUAAAGAAGAAGAGAAGGAAGGGAAGCAGUCUACUUAUAUUAUGUUUUUCUUGAUGUUUCCUAAUUUGUGCUAAGAAGUCACAUGUUUAAUCCUAAGGUCAUCUUGAACAUGUAGGGAACUUAGUAUAAGAGUAGUAAUCUUAGCAUGUAGAAGGUAUCCAGAAAUUUGUAAGGCAAUCCUUGUAGAGUAGCGACCUCAAGUGGUUUGGACUCUUAGAGAGUGGUAGCCUCAAGCUACUCCCUUGUUAUCCCUGUCCAAAUUAAUAGAGAAGCAGUCCUUCUAAA